AUGCGAAGAAUUGCCAAGACACUCCUGGUGGCGGCGACCUUGUGCCUGGCUGCGGCCGUGUUCGCCCCCAAACCUUCCGUCGCGGCCGACAAGCUCACCCUGAUGCUCGACUGGUUCAUCAACCCCGACCACGCACCCCUCUUCGUCGCGCUGGAGAAGGGCUACUUCGCGGAUGAGGGGAUCGAGGUCGAGCUCAUCGCGCCGGCCGACCCCAAUGACCCGCCCAAGCUGGUCGCCGCCGGCAAGGCGGACCUCGCAGUCUCCUACCAGCCGCAGCUUCACCUGCAGGUGGCCGAGGGGCUGCCGCUGGUGCGGAUUGCGACGUUGGUAGCGACCCCACUGAACACGCUGCUGGUGCUCGCCGACGGGCCGGUCCAGUCGAUCGCCGACCUCAAGGGCCGCACGGUCGGCUACUCGGUCGGCGGCUUCGAGGACGCGCUGCUCGGCGCCAUGCUCGAGCGCCACGGCCUCGGGAUCGAGGACGUGACGCUGGUCAACGUCAACUUCUCGCUCUCGCCGUCGCUGCUCUCGGGCCAAGUCGAUGCCGUGAUCGGCGCCUACCGCAACUUCGAGCUCAACCAGAUGGACAUCGAAGGGCACACCGGCCGCGCCUUCUAUAUCGAGGAGGAGGGCUUCCUCAUCAACCACCCGGACGAGUCCUGGCAGCUCUUCCUGCGCGGCCGCGAGGAGCUCGACGACGAGCUCAACAAGCGCGCCUGGCGCGACACGUUGCCGCGCUUUGCGCUGAGGCCCGCGGCGCUCGAUACCGCGCGAUACGAGCGCUUCGCGGCCUUCCUCCAGGCCCAGGGGCUGAUCCCCGAGGCGCUCCCCGCCUCGGCCUACGCGGUGGAGCUGGACUAG